GCGGGUCGUGUCGCUCGGAGCGGCGGGUCCCGGCUCGGCAGCGAAAACAGCUUUGGACUUUUCUCCGCCUUAGUUUCCUGGAUCACCCACUGGGGCGGUUGGAGAGCUUGAGAACCAGUCCCUCCUAUGCGUAUACAGCCAAGGCAAAGGACAGGGCUAGAGUGUCAGUCAGCCACCAGACUGGAGAUGUUGUGAUCCCAGCUAACAGGUAUCCUCUGCUGGUUGAAAUGUCUAUGAUUUUAUCUGCGUCAGUCAUUCGUGUCAGAGAUGGGCUGCCACUUUCUGCUUCUACUGACUAUGAACAAGGCACAGGCGUGCAGGAGUGCAGGAAAUAUUUUAAAAUGCUCUCAAAGAAACUUGCUCAGCUUCCUGAUAGAUGUACACUGAAAACUGGACAUUAUAACAUUAAUUUUAUUAGUUCUCUGGGAGUGAGCUACAUGAUGUUGUGCACUGAAAAUUACCCGAAUGUUCUGGCCUUCUCUUUCCUGGAUGAGCUUCAGAAGGAGUUCAUUACUACUUAUAACAUGAUGAAGACAAAUACUGCUGUCAGACCAUACUGUUUCAUUGAAUUUGAUAACUUCAUUCAGAGGACCAAGCAGCGAUAUAAUAAUCCCAGGUCUCUUUCAACAAAGAUAAAUCUGUCUGACAUGCAGAUGGAAAUCAAGCUGAGGCCCCCUUAUCAAAUUUCCAUGUGUGAACUGGGGUCGGCCAAUGGAGUCACAUCUGCAUUUUCUGUUGACUAUAAAGGUGCUGGUAAGAUUUCUUCUGCUCACCAGCGACUGGAACCAGUGACUCUGUCAGGGAUUGUGGCAUUUAUCCUCAGUCUUUUAUGUGGAGCUCUGAAUUUAAUUCGAGGUUUUCAUGCCAUAGAAAGUCUUUUGCAGAGUGAUGGUGAAGAUUUUAAUUACGUUGUUGCAUUUUUCCUUGGAACAGCAGCCUGCCUUUACCAGUGUUAUUUACUUGUCUACUACACCGGCUGGCGGAAUGUCAAAUCUUUUUUGACUUUUGGUUUAAUCUGUCUGUGCAACAUGUAUCUCUAUGAACUGCGCAACCUGUGGCAGCUUUUCUUUCAUGUGACUGUGGGGGCGUUCGUUACACUGCAGAUCUGGCUAAGGCAAGCCCAGGGCAAGGCUCCUGAUUAUGAUGUCUGACACCAUCCUUCAGACAUGUUGCCCUGGCUUCUGGGGAAAAAGGAAGAGGGAGCCUAUCUUAACUGCCACUGUGAUGAAGAAACUGUUCACCACAUUCAAGAAGCUCUGCUUUCUUUCUGUCCAACUAUCCUGUUUGUUUUAAGUCAGCAUGGCAUGCCUGGGAGCAUGCGGUACCUGCUAGGCCGACUCCUCACGUUAGCCGUGAGAUUAUUAUUCAGAGGAGGAGGAGACUGCUCUCCACACGGCCAUGGCAGCGGAAGAACAGUCAGAAGCCAUUGGAAGAAUUGGCCAGCGGUCCUGAAUCCUUCUGAAGAGUUCAAUCAAAAACUGUGUGUGGUCCAUGCUCUGAGGACCAAGCGGGGACCCUACAGCCUGGGUUCGCCUUUGUGAGGCCUAAGUAGAGCCUAAAUAAAAAGAUGCCGUGGAGUUUCUGUUUCAGACGACUUGCUAAAUAUCAGAUUACAUGCACAUUUUUGGUACCAAGAGUUUAUGAAGUCCAGGAUGGUGUGGAAUUGGUUCUUUUUCCUUUUAUAUUUUUGCUUGAAUCUUAACUUACCUGGAAAUCACUUGAUAUAGGAGAAGGCUUUUUUGAGCUUAUCUCUAGAACAUCACAAGUAUUGAAAACACAGUAACAUCUGUUUCCUUUCUAGACCAUGUUUGUAGUUUCUUUUGAAAUUACUUUUUAAACAUGUGAUUUGUUAGAUUAUAUAGCCAUUGUUCCCCAAACUUCAGUCACUUGAGUAUUACAUAUACUGUUAUUUCUUAGUAUUUAUCUUUUAAAUCUUCAGAUAGUUUAAAAAACAAACUAAUCUCUACUCCUCCGAGAGGAAAACCAGCAUCUAUUUACCAGGAAUAACUACAAAAUAAAACAAAAGAU